GAGGCGGUGGUUCUGGCUUCGCAGCAGCUUCCAAGGUACCAGCUUUGGAAGGAUCCACCUUCUUUUAUGAAAGCGACAGAAAGACAAAAUGUAGAUCAUGAGCAAAUACCAAGUCAAAGGUGUGGCCCACAUUGAGCGUGACACAUUGAGUCGAGAGCAGGAUCUGACACCUACAAAGGAAAUCAUUCAAUUAGAGGAGGAAAUGAGACAAACAAUCCAUAAACCAUCAGGUCCAGUUCCUGUGAUCAUGAAGAACCCCAAAACAUCAUGCAAAAGCCCUGUUAAAACGAACCAUGAAAACAAGUCCAAUCAGCGUGAGGUAAUACUUCACCUGUUCCUUUGAAGAACCUGGAGCUGCUGUUACCUUUUUGGACGGCUUAGUGGGAGUCACCUGCAAAAUCAGACGAGGACGUGUGAGCUCGCUGACACAGAUGUGGGCAAACGGCUCGUCUUUAUAUGGCGCUAUAGAAACGUGUCCCGAUAAAGCAGCGCUCUGUGUCUCUCUGUGUCGUCGAAGAAGCAAAGAUGGCAGCCACCGUGAAGGGACCUGUGGCAGUUGAAGAUGUGAACGUCACAUUUGAAGACCAGCAGAAGAUCAAUAAAUUUGCAAGAAACACGAGUCGGAUGACGGAACUCAAAGGCGAAAUAGAGGCUAAAAAAAAAUCACUGCAGAACUUGCAGGACGCUAGCGAUGACCUGAUGAUGUUGGACGACGACGCGUUAAUGAUCCCUUAUCAAAUUGGUGACGUCUUUGUCAGUCACACCCAGGAAGAAACGCAAGAGAUGCUGGAGGCGGCGAAGGAAGCAAAGGAGCAGGAAGUCAGAGGCCUUGAGGGUCAAGUGUCAGCAAUACAGCAAGUGUUGAGUGAUCUGAAGGUCCAGCUCUACGCCAAGUUUGGUAACAAUAUUAAUCUGGAGGCAGAUGAAAGCUGAGCAAAGAAACAAGACACUGACGACUGUGUCCUCACUGACUUUUUUAUUCAGCUCCGUCAUCACAGACACAGGACCUUUCAAAACGCAUCAGUGUGAACCGUUGACAUAAUGUAGCUUUGCUUUUGUCAUCACAGUGACCCUGUGUGUCUGUUUAGAUUUGUGGGAAACAAAUGUAAAAAAAACAAUGUUAAAACAGUAAAAAAGAAAAAAUUA